AUGACGAUCACGAACCUGCUAGAAACAGAAGACCGAACGCUGCACCUGCCCCGACUACUAUGUCUCCAUGGUGGUGGCAGCAACGCUCGAAUCUUCCGCGCCCAAUGCCGAGUUCUCCGAGCGCAACUCCGAUGCCAUUUCCGGCUCUGCUUCGCCGAGGCACCCUUCCCCUCUCAACCCGGUCCAGACGUGUUAUCAGUCUAUGGCGAGUGGGGUCCUUUCCGUCGCUGGCUACGUUCCGGACCAGAGCAUCCCCUAAUCGCCCCGGAAGCGGCAGUUGGCAUGAUCGAGAAAUCCUUGCACGCUGCCAUGAGAGAAGACGACCGCCAGGGAGCCACGGGCGAAUGGGUAGGGCUUCUGGGUUUUAGCCAGGGCGCCAAGAUGUGCGCAAGCCUGCUCUUCCGCCAGCAGGUGCGCACAGAGAAGCUGGGCAAGCAGGGAACGGGCUCGAAUUUUCGCUUUGCAGUUCUGCUGGCGGGGCGGGGACCUUUGGUUUCGCUUGAUCCGGACCUGGUCAUGAACCCUGCGCUGGUGGAUGCGUCGCAGAUCGGAUUGGCUAAUUUUCCCGACCAGAAGUGUCUGGAAAGGAGAGAGCAUUUGCUACGACUACCGACAAUCCAUGUCCAUGGCUUGCAGGAUCAGGGUCUGGAGCUUCACAGACAAUUUUUCGCUAGGUACUGUGAGGGAGGUCGAGGUGCGAGACUGGUUGAGUGGGACGGCAACCACAGAGUGCCAAUCAAGACCAAGGAUGUUGCUGCCAUUGUGCAGCAGAUCUUCAUUGUCGCAAAGGAGAAGGGAGUCUUGAAGAUGUAA